AUGGGCAAGCUUCCGAGCUUCAGCAAUGUAUACUUGAUCAGUGGACUAACAACCAUCGGAGGCCUUAUUCAGGGCUUUGAUGUGUCGAGUAUGUCUGCGAUCAUUGGUACCAAUCAGUAUAAGGAAUACUUCCAUAAGCCUAAUGCAGUCUUGCAGGGUGGAAUCACUGCAAGUAUGGCAGGUGGUUCUUUACUCGGCUCAUUGGUUUCCUCGUGGACCAGUGACCGAUUUGGCCGUCGUGAUUCUCUGUUUAUUGCAUGCAUCAUCUGGUUGGUUGGGUCUACAUUGAUGUGUGCUGUUCAAAAUGUGCCUAUGUUGAUUGUCGCCCGGAUCAUCAAUGGCUUCUCUGUCGGCAUGCUCACUAGUCAAGGUCCUAUCCUGAUAGCUGAAAUCAGCCUUCCUCACCAACGAGGCCGUCUACUUUCUUUACAACAAUGGAUGAUCACUUGGGGUAUCAUGAUCAUGUACUUUAUCAGCUACGGCGCAUCUUUCAUGGGAAAUAAUGGUGUAUUUCGUCUCCCUUGGGCUAUUCAGAUGUUGCCAGCAAUCCUGCUACUAUUUUGCCUUCCCUUGAUGCCGCGGUCCCCUCGUUGGUUAGCGGCACAAGAUCGAUGGGAGGAAGCAGUCGAGGUUCUUGCCAGGCUACACGCCAAGGGAAAUACUUUAGACCCUAUCGUCAUUGCACAAACUACCGAGAUUCGGGAGAAGAUUGACGCGGAAAAGAAAUACCAGAGCACGUCCUGGAUGGAGCUGUUCAACUCUCGCAACAUCAUUCGUGUUCACUGUGGCAUUUUCACCCACGUAUGGUCCCAAUUGUCGGGCACCAACGCUCUGAUGUACUACAUCGUUUAUAUCUUCCAGAUGGCUGGUUUAUCUGGAAACAAAACUCUCAUCUCCGCCUCUAUCCAGUAUAUUAUUAAUGUUGUCAUGACAUUACCGGCCCUGAUCUUCAUCGACAAGCUUCCUCGCCGCCAGCUGUUUAUCUUUGGGGCCCUUGGUAUGGCUGUCUUUCAGUUCACACAGGCUGGUAUCAUGGCCACCUAUGGCCACUAUGUUCCAGGUGGCUUGCCUGGGUCGCCUACUGUCACCUGGAAAGUCACGAAUCCGAAGGCGUCGAAGGCGCUCAUUGCUUGUUCAUACUUGUUCAUUGCAACAUAUGCGCCCACAUGGGGUCCACUCGGGUGGGCUUACCCUCCGGAAAUCAUUCCCCUCUACAUUCGUAGCAAGGCUGUCUCUCUUGCCACCUUUUUCAACUGGGGAUGCAACUUCGCCCUCACGUUUUUUACCCCGCCUGGGUUUCAAAACAUCCAGUGGAAGCUAUAUUGUAUCUUCGGCACCUUCUGCCUUCUUGCCGCCUUGCACGUCUUUCUCCUUUUCCAGGAAACAUGUGGCAAGUCUUUAGAAGAAAUUGACGACGUUUUCAACAAUCAAAGUAUCUGGGCCUUCAAGGCUAAGAAGGAGCCUAGCCGUUUUGUGGCUGAUAUUGAGCAAGCGAAGGAAGAUCUCGAUGCUGGGAAGGUCGAUAUCAAUCAUGUCGAGGCUGAAAAGUCUUCAACUGUAUAA